CAGUAGACUCGCAAUAACGUGAACUUGCGAUACCGUGAAUGGCUCUAUAACGUGAACAGAAAUUCUGAUCCAUUGACUACUCUGUAACGUGAACAUCGCAGAAAUUCGGUAACAUGAACAGAGACAGAUAAUCUAAUUUUUUCGCUUACGAACACGUUCAGACUUGUUUGCAUAGUCAUAAUACAUUUAGUAUCUCAGAUUUAUUGAAACAGUGAAUAUCGUACUUUGCGUUUACGGAAUAUCAGAGUGUAACGAUGCCUCCGAAGUGUUUAACUCUAUUUGAGAAAGCGAAUAUAUUAGACGAACACAAAAAAGGUCUAAGUGUAACUGCUUUGUCUGUGAAAUAUGGCGUAGCAAAAUCAACGAUUUGUUCCAUAAAGAAGAAGGCUGAAAAAAUAAAGGACUCUGUCAAUAAAACCUUGAAACCUAGCAAGAAGCGAACGUUGAGAAGACCGGAAAAUCCAAAAAUGGAAAGAAAAUUAUACAAAUGGUUCCUAAAUCAGAGGAAACAUAAUGUUCCUGUCACAGGAGAUAUGAUUAAACACAUGGCAUCAAAAUUACAUGAAGAAUUUAAAGAAACCAAUAAUUUCAAUGCCAGUGAUGGUUGGCUACAGCGAUUUAAAAUUCGACAUGGCGUUAGAUUUUUAAAAAUUACUGGCGAAAAGCUAUCAUCGCAGCCAGAAUUAGUCGAUCCUUUCAAGCAGAAGCUGAAGAAUUUAAUUCAAGAACAUCACCUAAGUAACCAUCAAAUAUACAAUGCAGAUGAAACAGGCCUUUUUUGGAAACUUCUCCCUGACAAAACAUUUGUUGCCCUUUCUGAAAAAGCAGCUCCUGGAUUGAAGAUGGCUAAGCAACGUAUUACUUUAUUGGGGUGCGUGAAUGCUAAUGGUUCGCAUAAGUUGACGCCUUUAUUAAUAGGUAAAGCAGCGAAGCCAAGAUGUUUUAAAAAUUUUAAAAAUCCGUUCAUCUACAAGCACUCAAAAAAUGCUUGGAUGACGAUAGACAUCUUGAAGACAUGGUUUUUUCAUCAUUUUAUUCCAGAGGUCAGAUCCUUUCUGCGAGGUCAAAAACUGCCUCAAAAAGCAAUUCUCAUUUUGGAUAAUGCUCCUUGUCAUCCGCCGGCUGAGGAAUUACGAAGUUCAGAUGGAAUAAUUUUCACUGUUUAUAUGCCGCCCAACGUGACUCCUUUGAUCCAACCCAUGGAUCAGAAUAUCCUACGUUUAACAAAACUACAUUACAGAAGGAGCUUAUUGAGUCAAAUUGUGAGUCAAAAGGAAAACAUAACCGAUGCUCUGAAACGACUUACUUUAAAAGAUUGUGUGGCUCAUUUACAAGUUGCAUGGAUCAAAUUGGAUGCAGAGAUGAUUUCAAAGUGUUGGAAAAAUUUGUUUGAUCGCACUGAAGAUUUCACUGAUGAGGAUAAUAUACCUUUGAGUAUGUUACAAGAAAUGCUCAAUAGAGAAAAAGUUGUUGUGAAAGAUACAAUAUCACUCUUAAUGGAACUUCAACCGCAUGAUUAUAAUGAAAAAGAAAUUGAACGGUGGAAUUGCGAUGAGCUAGAUAUGAAUGAUGAAAAUAUUCCAGAAAACAGCGACGAUGAAGAUAACGAUGUCGAUAUUGUAAGGCCCAAAGUUCCACAUUUCGAAGCAGUGAAAUCAAUUUCCACUGUUAUUUAUUGGGCUGAAGAAAAUUUUAUGGAAAUACAAGACAUAAUAACUUUGAAACGCCUGCAAGAAAAAGCUGUACUGGAAAAUUUGAAGAGUAAACAAAUUCAAACCAAAAUUACACAAUAUUUCAAGUGUUAAAAUAAAUGAAUUAUUAUAAAA